CGAAGACUAAUAUUAAGGAUCAAACCUUCGAGUCAUUUCGAUUACUAUAUCGAAUUCAACAGCUACCCUGAGCUAUUCUCCAAGCUGCUGCAUGACAGCACUUCCCACCGCAACAUGGCAGACCACAUCACCUCAAAGCUGAACCCGGAUACUCACCUCAUUCUUGAUCAACCCCUCCUCCGCCUCCCCUUCGAGCUCCUCCGCAAGAACUUCAAACUCGCCCAUUUCAACGUCGAGAAAGACUCGCUCGCGAUCAAGACCAGCCUGAAGGAGACUGCCAAUUCAUCACAGUCAUCCUCUUCUCCAGACGAAGUCCUGAAGAAUGUCGACUCUAUGCUUGCCAAAAUGCGGGGUUUGAAACGCAAACUGACAGCAUGUUCGGAAGAAGAGGCGAGACUACACCAGCAGUCACAAAGCAGGAUACGACAUUUGGGAGAAUUGUAUACUAUGCAGAGUCUCGAUGAUGUAAAGUACGAGGAAUGGUCAAGGACAAGAUUGGACCGGCUGCUGGUAGACUAUCUGCUGCGGAAUGGCUACAAGGAGAGUGCGGGGGCAUUGGCAACAGAGAAGGGUAUUGAGGACCUUGUGGAUGUUGAAACAUUCGUGCAGAUGAGCAGAAUACGAGAGUCAUUACAGAAUGGCAGAGUCACAGAAGCUUUGGCGUGGUGUAAUGACAACAAGAAAGAGUUAAGGAAGAUGGACAGUAACCUCGAAUUCAUGCUCCGAUUCCAACAAUACAUUGAACUCGUACGAACACAAGACCAAUCCAAACUCCUCGAAUCAAUAGCCCACGCAAAGAGAUAUCUCCUCCCAUUCAAAGAUACUUAUCCCAAGGAAGUCCAACAAGCAUGUGGUCUUCUCGCCUUCCCGCCAGGAACCCAUGCAGACGUUUACAGCGAACUCUACAGUCCGUCACGCUGGACAACCCUCUCGACUCUAUUUAUGCAAACUCACAACUCCCUUCUAUCCCUCCCAUCCGUUCCACUCCUUCACAUCGCCUUAUCAGCCGGUCUAUCUGCCCUCAAAACUCCCUCGUGCCACUCAUCCCAUAACAACAAUACAUCAAUAUCACCGACUUCUUCGUCUUCUCUCACCACCUCUGUCUGUCCAAUCUGCAGCACAGAACUUAAUCUCCUUGCACGCAACGUUCCAUACGCACACCAUACAAAGAGCCAUGUGGAAAGUGACUUAGUGUUGCUGCCGAAUGGAUGUGUGUACGGGUUGCAGAGGUUGGAAGAGUAUAGUCGGAAAGCGGGAUUGGAGGCUGGAUUUGUGAAGGACCUGAGAGGUGGGGAGAUGUUUGAGGUUGGAACUCUUAAGAAAGUCUACAUCUCAUAGAGAAAGAACGUUGCUAGGGCAUGGUAUUCAUAAGCUUCAGAACCACCGGUGUAUUCUCUGUUCCAUUGCCCGAUUUUUUCAUAUGACGAAUCUCUCUCGCCUGUCUCAGGAGUCCUACGCGCAG